UUUAUUAACACUUUUCGAAAAGCAUUGAAAUUGUUGAAAUUGUUGGCAAAAACAAAUUAUAUAAAUCCAGAACAAAAAAUGGCAACACGUGUUGUGGCAACGGCAACGGUGCGCGCGGUUACAGGACGUAAAUUAAUAGCAACGCGGGCCGCACUAACCCUGACUCCAGCUGCGGUACAAAGAAUCAAAUCGCUGCUGCACGACAAGCCAGAUGUAAUCGGUCUCAAAGUUGGUGUUCGCCAGCGGGGCUGCAAUGGACUCUCCUAUACACUAAAUUAUGCUAGCACCAAAGAUAAACUGGACGAGGAGGUGCUGCAGGAUGGGGUUAAGGUCUUCAUCGACAAGAAGGCGCAACUAUCUUUGCUAGGCACCGAAAUGGACUUUGUGGAAUCGAAGCUGUCCAGCGAGUUUGUCUUUAACAAUCCGAACAUUAAGGGCACCUGUGGAUGCGGCGAAUCCUUUAGCAUGUAGAGAAUAUAUCGAUGCUCUACAGCACCGCACCCGCCUCGCAUCAACAUCUAAAUUAUCUUAAGUUUAUGUAGAGAUUACAAUACUUGUUGCUGUUUUUUCUCUAAUUUUUUCGUUUGUUAUUUGCGAAAGGCAUCUGCUCAAAAAUCAUUUGCUAAGGUGCUCCCCAAAUAAUUGUUAAAGCUAAUAGCAACUCAAGCAAAUUGUGCUCUCAAAGAAUAAAUAAAUAUGCUUAAGUUUG